AUGAAGAUGGGAGAGGGGGAGGAACUCUUGGUCAGUGAAGGCUUCAAAGCAGACAGAUGCAAAAUGAUCUCUCAAAGUAAUGUGGCACAGAAAGAUUCUUUCUGUGUCACUGUCCCCAAGCGUUAUAAAGGGUUGAUUCAGUCCAAAAGAGGAGUAGGAGCGUCAGGUCUCGUGAAUGAAUUUAAUGCAAUUCGUCAGAAAAGAGAUCUCUUAGCAGCUGAGACUGCUGCAAUUUCUUCUGGGGCUCACAUACAUGAGGCCUUUUCUCAGGCUCAGAAUUCAUCAGGAGGUUCUUGCCCUCAAGAAUGCCUUAAUGGAGCCGUUUGCACAGAGGCUGGAAUAUGUGACUGUGAGACUUUCCAGGCACAGGGUGAACGGUGCCAAAUUGUUCCAAACGCUGGCAAAGACAGAGAUGGCAUUUGCAAAUCAUGGGGUCAGCAUCACUUUGAAACAUUUGACGGCAUCUAUUAUUACUUCCCGGGAAACUGUUCAUACAUUUUUGUGAAAGACUGCAGUGAUCCAGAGCCUCAAUACACUGUGUGGAUUAACAACAGCCCAAGUUGUGUUGGUUCAGUGUAUUCUUGUUUGCGGUCAAUCAGCUUGUUCUUUGCAAAUCAGGAGGAAAUAAUCAUAUUGCGGCAUGAAGUAAGAAAGGGCAGGAUCAGAUUGAGAUUGCCCCAAACAAUUGGAAACGUUUUCAUUGAAAGAUUAGCAGAUUAUAUUCUGGUGAAAACUACCUUUGGCUUUUCCCUAGCUUGGGAUGGAAGCUCUGGGAUUUACAUCAAACUGACUGAAGAACACCAGGGGAAAACAUGUGGCUUGUGUGGAAACUAUAACAGCAACUCAUCGGACGAUCUUGUAAUACAAAAUAGUGACUAUAAGGAGGAUAUUGCUAAAUUUGCUAACAGUUGGUCUGUGCAAACUCCAGAUGAUGCAGCUUGUGUAGCUAUUGCCUCUGAUUUUCCUAGUCCAUGCUACAUUGACACAGAAUUUUAUGAGAACAUAUACUUCAAGUGCCAAAUAAUCUUGCAGUUCCCUUUUCUCAGCUGCCACCAAAGCAUAGAUCCUUACCCCUAUAUUUCCAGCUGUAUGAAUGACCUUUGUAGAGAGGACGAUGAUGAAACUUACUGCCGAGCGGUGACAGAGUAUGCUCGAUCAUGUUCACAUGCAGGCUACCCAGUGCGAGACUGGAGGGAUGAUUUUCCAGCAUGUAAUGAUAAGUGUGAAGAUAAUUUUAUCCAUCGGGAUUGUAUUAGCUGUUGUCCCCCAACCUGCACUUUUGAGAAAGAUUGUCUUGGCAGUAAUCUUCAUUGCUUAGAUGGAUGCUACUGUCCUGAUGGUCUCAUAAUGGACAAUGGAACUUGCAUUUCCCUCUCUGAUUGCCCAUGUGUUUAUCAUGGGACAGCAUUUCCUGUUGGCUCAAAAAUUGAGCAAGAAUGUAGUAACUGUAUUUGUAUUGGUGGAAUUUGGAACUGCACUGAACAUGAUUGCCCAGCUGAAUGUUCAAUCGUUGGUGAUUCCCAUUUCACAACUUUCGAUGGUCGCCAUUACACCUUCCUUGGGAUUUGUCAGUACAUUCUGGUGAAGGGCACCGGGAAAGACAAAUUCACAAUUACUGUAGAGAAAACUCCAUGCGGUCAGAAUCUUGAACAUGUCUGCAUUCAGUCUAUAACACUAGUUCUUGAAGAUGACUUGAACAAGCAAGUGACUCUGAACCGAGGUGGUGAAGUUCAGUAUAGCUCUUCCAAUCAGGGUUUGAACCUAAAUGGGUAUGCUGAGGUGCAGAAUCUGUCUUCAUUGUUUGUGCAGCUGAAAACUAAAUUUGGUUUAAGAAUUCAGUUUGCUAAAGAUGGCGAGAGAGUGUAUAUUCAACUCAGUGCUGCUUGGAAAAGGAGGACUUUGGGUCUAUGUGGAACAUAUAAUGGAAACUUGAGAGAUGAUUUUCUAUCUCCAGCAGGAAUGAUCGAAGGGACCCCACAGCUCCAUGCCAAUGCAUGGAAGGUUUCAUCAGCAUGCCAUGUGCCCGUCAACAUCCCCGUGGUUGAUCCUUGUAACAUUAACCAACAAAAUGUUGGGUAUGCAUCCCAGUGUGAUCUCCUCAAUCAAGAACUCUUUGCUCCAUGUCAUGUCUACAUCAGCCCAGGAUUAUACUACCAGCGGUGCCGCUUUGAUGCUUGCAAAUGUGGGAGCAGCUGUUUGUGCAGUGCUCUUGCACACUAUACUUACCUAUGCAGCAAGCACGGAGUUACUGUUGACUUCAGAUCUCAUGUCUCAUACUGUGCAUUAAUGUGCAGAAGUGGUAUGCUGUACCACCAGUGCUCCUCUUUCUGUGAGCAUUCCUGUUCCUCCCUCUCAUUUUUGGAUGCUUGCGAUCAUGAUUGUGCUGAAGGAUGUAAUUGCCCUGAUGGAAAAUACUUUGAAGAAUCUAUCAACUUUUGUGUGCCAAUGGUUAGUUGCCGAUGCCACUAUAAAGGCAGAAGUUUUCAGCCUGGAGAAAUUCUACCCACACCAUCAGGCUCAUGCCAGUGUCUAAAUGGAACAAUGAGAUGCACAGAAGCUGCUGAAGUUCCUGCAGCUCCCAUGUGUCCUGAAGAAAAGAUCUACUAUGACUGCCGGUCUCAUGUGCCUGGCUUGCCAUCUGCUGGAGUAAACUGUGAGCUUUCCUGUGCAAACCUUGCCAUGAACUUCACCUGUGCACCAUCUCCACCAUGUGUGAGUGGUUGCAUUUGUCCCCCCGGGAUGGCAGAACAUAAAGGAAAAUGCUACGUGCCUGACAGUUGCCCAUGUUCCUGGAAAGAUUGGGAAUAUUUAUCAGGUGAAGUGAUAGCUACCCCUUGUUACAGAUGUAUUUGUCGACGUGGGAUAUUUAAUUGCACAUAUUAUCCUUGUCCUGCUGUUUGCACAGUCUAUGGGGACCGGCAUUAUUACACCUUUGAUGGACUAGAGUAUGAUUAUGUCAGCGAUUGCCAAGCUUAUUUGGUAAAGGGUGUAGACAGUUCAAACUUAUCUAUAAUCAUUCAGAACAAAAAGUGCUUUGAUAACGACAUUGUGUGUUCAAAAAGUGUCUUUAUCUCUGUUGGAGACGCUGAGAUUUUUUUCAAUGACCCCCUAGCCAUACAGAGGAUGCGGAGGAGACAUGAAGUCACAACCAAGUAUCAGCUUUGGAAGGCUGGAUAUUAUACAGCAGUGCACUUUCCAGAUCAGGAGAUCACAAUACUAUGGGACAGGAAGACAACAAUGCACAUCAAAGUGGGGGUUCGAUGGAAGGGUAAACUGGCUGGUUUAUGUGGCAAUUUUGAUAAAUUCACUUCAAAUGACCUGACUACAUCCAGCAACAUGGAAGUAAGAAAUGCUCAAGUCUUUGGAGAGAGCUGGGAAAUAGGACAGUGUGCUAGCCCAAAUGAGACCAUAAAACCAUGUGAAGUACAUCAGAGCAAGUUCCCUUAUGCCAAAAAGGAAUGUUCAGUUUUAUACAGUGAUGUUUUUGCCCCCUGUCGCAAUGUGAUUGAUGUGACAUCAUUCGUCAAGAACUGCCAUACAGAUACUUGCAAUUGUAAUCUUGGCGGAGACUGUGAAUGUCUGUGCACAAGUAUUGCAGCUUAUGCUCACAAAUGCUGCCAGCAGGGUGCAGUAAUUCACUGGCGAUCUCCAUCUCUUUGCCCUUAUGACUGUGAUUAUUACAACCAAGGACUUGGAGAAGGACCAUAUAUUUUGGCCAGCUAUGGUCAGAAUGACACUGUUAUAGGAGUCAAUGUCACCAGCAAAAAUAUCUUUCCUUUGCCAAGAAGCAGUGUCAGUGGGAAUGUGUAUUUUAAUUUUAUGUUAACUCCAGGACUUUUCAAAGAUAAAAUACUAUCUCCAUCUCUGGUUUCGCUUGAGUCUGCUGAAAGACCAAACUACUUUCUAUAUGUCCACGAAGAUGAAAGCAUUUCCUUAGAACAGUGGGAGGCAAGUUCCUUGUUUCGUAGAAGAGCAACUUUUUUCCAUCAUCAAGGCCUUUGGAUCCCAGGCUACAGUGCAUUCGAACUACACAGCAAGAAAGGUUUCUUUAUCAUACUCAGAGCAUCUUCUGUGAAAGUAUCAAAGUUUGAUGAUUCUGAAGAAUUCAAACGUUCAAGCAGUUUCAACAUAGAGGAACUCCAUACAGCAGUACCUUAUAGGAGGAUGUGUGAAUGGAGAUACGAACCUUGUACAAGUCCUUGUGUUAAAACAUGCAGUGACCCUGAAGGAGUAGCAUGUAAAUUUCUUCCACCAGUUGAAGGAUGCUUACCAUACUGUCCCAAAGAUAUGAUUCUUGAUGAAGUCACACUUAAAUGUGUUUAUCCAGAAGACUGCAUACCUGUGAAAGCCACUGAAGCUUCAACGACAGCAAAGCCACUGAGAACAAGGCCCACCGUAUUAAGCCCCCAUACAGUGGACACGGCACAAACAUUUCCUCAUAUGCCCCCUGUGCUUGUCACUGAAGUGGUUGAGACAACAUAUAUUAAUCUAACUACCCAAAUGGCAACUGAGAGAGUAGGGACAUUUGGAGGACAAACUACUGAGAAAAUGGUUACGGAUCUUUAUUCAGCAACACUGUUACCAGUUCCAGAGCACUCUUCUGAAGGUAGCUAUAGCACUACAAUACCCUCUGUGCUACUUGCACCUAUAUCCCCAACAGCUCUCCCAACCCCUAAGGAAGCCACAGCAGUUACAGCAAAGGUGACACCCUACACCACAAAUCCUAUCUUUUUAAUAUCAUCUCUCACUGCAACAACAGCUGAACCAUCACUGUCUGCCUUUCCUUUAAUAUCCACAUCACCUAUACCAUUGAGAUCUGCUGCAUUACCUGCUGGACAAGAAUUUGCCUCUGCUAAAACACCUACAAGCAUCUUAGUGAGUGGAGGUCCUUCCACAAUCAAGUCUGAGGUUUUGGUAGCAGGAACACCACAGCCAUCUUUAUCAAGUCUGUCUUCAGGUUCACCAUUAACAGAAACGCUUACCAUGACUUCAAGAACUAGGUCUACUAUGACCGAGCCAACUAUUCAUUUGACUCAUUUGCCUGUGCUUACAACAACUCAAAUUCCCUUAUCGGCAUCUAGAUUUACUGCCUUUUCUUCAAGUCCUGCUUAUAGCAUACCAGUUUCAGGCUCAAUGACAACUCGACCUGACUCAGAAGUGCUGCUGCCUACAUCUCCAUCAUCACCAGAGGCACUUAUAACACCUUCUGAACACACUGUUCCCUUAACCACAAAGCAUUUUUCUACUACGACGCCAUCCUCAGCUGCUUCACCAAGCCCUACAACCAUGCGGACUUCAUUGAGUCCCCAAGUGACACAGGCAAUGUCUACACUGGUGUCUCCUCCAGUUACGUCUCAAAUGUCCAAGGCAACUGGGGAAGUUACAAUUAUCUCAAAGAGCUUUCAUAUAGGACCUUCCACUGCUUCGCUUCCAGACGUUCCUCAGACCUCCCAAUCACUUGAAACAAAAACAGUUUCGACAGAAAGCAAGCAUGCAUUGCACAUUGGUUCAUCUCCAGUGCCAACGGUUUCUGUAAGUUCAUUGGAGUUUGCUGGCACCAGAGCUUUGUCAAGUAGAACCCCUUUGUUACCUACGAGUAUUUUAUAUGAUACAACACAAAUGACUCCGAAAACAAGUAUGCAUUCAGUUGGCCCACACACAGGAUUAAAAACUGAUUCUACUCUUAAAAGUGUGGGUAGUUUCACCACUUCUGCAGUGCUUCCAGGACAUCUAUCUUCUUUCACAAGUUCGUCCACAUUACUUACAGUGUUACCAAAAACUUCUUCUGUCUCAGCCUCUUAUUCUGAAAGCUCAUUGGUGAUUCCCACAAUUGGCAAAACUUCUGCUGCGAUGCCAGCUAGCACUCUCAUACAAAUGCCAGUUGGUGAACAACCUACCUCAACAAGCCCGGGUUCUUACCCUGCAGCUUCUCCUUCAGCUUUGUCAACUUUAAGUCCAACUAUUUCCACAAUAAAUGCUUCAUCUUUGCCUCCUCUGGAGGCCUCUGAUAUGCCCAUGCUGUUUUUAGGAACUAGGAGUUCUUCUUCAGUGGAUGGUAGAACGCUAUCUUCAUUACCCAGUGCUAUCAGUACUCAGUCUUCAGAGCCAGCAUUUACCAUAGGUGCUCUUUGGAAUAUGACAUCAACCCCAACAAAUGUCACUGAAAAGUAUACCCUUAGCCCACCAGUAAGUUUACUACCUUCCUCUGCAGGCACAAUAGUUCCUAGCAAAUCUGCGCUAGUCACUGAACUUUAUCCUAUCAGUUUUGAGCACUACACUGCUACUAUGUCAUCCCCAAUUCCUACUACCUCCCAAACACUUACGCAUACUCCAAACUUUACUUUGUUUACACCCAAACCUUCCACAGAAGCCUUCAGAACUAUACCCAUUAAAAUGGAUGAAGGGACUACCUCAGGUUGGAUAGAGCUGGGAGCGACACAUGCUACAGAACUUCGAAAUGUGACCGCUUAUGCCUCAGAAAGUAACCAGACCUCAGAAAUACAAGAAAAAGUCACUAAGUACACAAGCACUGAGGAAUCUUUGCUGCUUCCCACUCAGAUGACUCUGGCUAUCAGUGAAAGCAGAAGGGCUUCAGUGAAACCAGUCUCUCUCUCAGACGAUCUGAUAGAUGUAACAUUAUCCGAUUGGUCUACAGCUCCACCACCAAAAUCAAUUAGGCCUUACUAUAGUGUGGCUGAACCCGAGGAAAUGAGAACAACCAGCUUGCAGAAUGUCACAAUAGCAGAUUCAACUCACUUAACUGCAGAGCAAUUGGGGAGCCAAACUUCAAAGGCUGAAAUGGAGAUGGUGACUGCAGAUGGUGCAGAAUAUGCUUCCUUUGGCACAAUGAUACAUACAUUAAUAUCUGCCACAUCCGCAGAAUGCACGCCAAGGUAUCUUGAUCCAGUAGACAGAUGUAGUCAGUACGUGUGCAUUAAUAUGGGAUGGAUGCUGUACAACCUCUCAAAGAACUGCCAUAAGACUGUGGAGAAGCCUGACUGUGGUUUUCGUGGGAUGCCAGUCCAAGUAAACAGUGACAGCUGCUGUCCAGAAUGGGAAUGUCCUUGUCAAUGUUCUGUCCUGUCUGAACUGAGCAUUAUUACAUUUGAUGGAAAUAACGUGGCAUUGUAUAAAGUAGCGUCCUAUAUUUUAGUCAAGCUACCCACAGAAAUUAUUGUUGCUCAUAUUGAAAGGUGCCCUACAAAUCAGAGUGCCAAUUCAAUAAGAAGACUAGUUCCACCUGGAAGUGCUUCGGGUCUUUGUUUUAAGAAACUUAAUGUAACAACACCUUCACAUAUAGUACUUAUCAAUCGUUUAGAAAGAAAGGUGGUUGUGGAUUCUAUGAUUCAGCCUCUGCCUUUCUCAAAACAUGGUUUAUGUAUUCAAGAUACUGGUGCUAUGUAUGUAGUCAACACGCCAGCUGGCAUCAACAUUAAGUGGGCUCAUGUCACAGGCAUUAUAGAUAUCCAGUAUGGGUUUCAUUCUAAUACAUCUACCAAGACUGAAGGACUUUGUGGUGUCUGCAAUGGCGAUCCAGGGGAUGACCUGAAAAUGCAAAAUAGAACCAUAAUUACAAAUGUGGAUGAAAUUGAGGCUUUUAUUAAGAGUUGGGAAAUCGAGAAAUCCGUUGAUCUAACAACAAGGAGACCUGUAAGAAACUGUACAGAAGAUAACUGUACAUACUGCAUGGAACUCUUACAUAGAUGGGCUUUUGCCCCAUGCCACAAAAAAGUUUCACCCCAAGACUUUUGUGAAAAAAUGUGGAUCAACAAUACAUAUUUUUGGAAUUAUGAAUGUGAUGCUCUUUCUGCAUAUGUAGCGCUGUGCAACAAACAUAAUAUCUGCAUUAAGUGGAGAACACCAGAUUACUGUUCUCUCCGUUGUCCUGAUGGGAAAGAAUACCAGCCUUGUGUGCAACCCUGUGCUGCUAAAACAUGCCUAAAUAAAUGGUUCUAUGAAGAAUCACCCUGUUCCUACUUAAGAGAAGACUGUGUUUGUAAAAAUGGAACCAUUCUUCACAGAACAGACUCUGAUCUCUGCAUUCCAGAAGAAAAAUGUGCAUGUACUGACAAUGCAGGGCAUCCCCGUUCAGCUGGAGAAGUUUGGAAUGGCUCCAAGAAAGGGUGCUGCAUGUAUAUGUGUGUGGAGAAUGGGAGCAUUAUUGCUGUAGAGCCUGAAUGCAAUAAAGAGGCGCCUCCGAUAUGCCGACGAGAGGGUGAAGUGAUUAUUAAUGUGAUCGAGGAAGGGGCUUGCUGUCCAAAAAAAGUCUGUGAAUGCAACAUGACUCUAUGUGAUCCUCUUACUCCAACUUGCAGAAGUGUUGAGAAAUUGGUAGUGGUAUACGAUCCUUUGUCAUGCUGUCCUCAGUACCGAUGUGAAUGUGAUCCAUCAGCAUGCCCCAAUGCUUCCCGUCCAGAAUGCAAAGAAGACCAAUUUCUUGUUGAGGCAAAACAGGAGGAUCCUUGCUGUUUUUCUUAUUUGUGUGUUUGUGAAUCCUGCAUUGAACCUAUUCCAUUAUGCAAUGAAGGGGAAAUUCUCACUGUAGAUCUUAGCUCCACACAUUAUUGUUGCCCUCGUUACCACUGUGUCUGUGAUGAGAAUCACUGUCACUUACCUCUUCUGAACUGUUCUGCUGAAAUGAAGCUGGUGAAGAAGAGAAUAGCAGGACAGUGCUGUCCAGACUGGAACUGUGAAUGUGACUGUGAAAGUGCUACUAUCCCAUCUUGUAAAGUGGGAGAAGUUCAGAGAAUAGAUGGCAACGUUUCUAGCACGUGUGGCUGCUCGCAGUACACCUGUGAAAAGGAUAAUGUCUGUGUAUUCCAAGAAGUCACCAUAUUGAGCCCUGGUCAGUCCAUGAUUCAAUAUUUGGAUGAAGAUCAUUGCUACAUAGCAAGAUGUGCGCAGGAAAAAGACCCUAGCACAGGAUUUCAUGCCAUGGAUCUGAUCGUAGUUAACUGUUCCCAAAAAUGUGAAGCUCACCAAGUAUAUGUCCCAUCUCCUAGUCAACACGCUUGUUGUGGUUCCUGCAUAAAUGUGUCCUGUAUUUUCUAUUCUGGCAAUGGAACCUCAGUCAUUUAUGAAGAAGGAAGCACAUGGGACUCAAACUGCACUAAAUAUGAAUGCACAAAGACUGCUGGUGGUGCAAUUGUGCUUGGCUCCAGUGUGGUUUGCCCACCCUUUAAUGAGACUGAGUGCACAAAGAAUGGAGGCACUAUAGAGACAUAUAAUGAUGGCUGCUGCAGGACGUGCAAACGAGAUGAAAAGAUUUGCCAAAAAGUGACCGUCAGAACAACUAUAAGGAAACAUGAUUGCAUAAGUCGGAGCCCUAUUAAUGUGGCUUCUUGUGAUGGAAAAUGUCCAUCUGCCACAAUUUUUAAUAUCAACAUUAAUAGCCAUUUAAGAUUCUGUAAGUGCUGUCGUGAAAACGGAGUGCAGAAUCUCACCGUGCCACUCUACUGCUCAGGAAAUGGCACUGAAAUCUUGUAUGUCAUCCAGGAGCCCACAGACUGUUCAUGCCAGUGGAAUUAAGAUUGUCUGGAAUCUUACGGAAGACCAUAACCAAACAGGCUAUUGUAUGUUUAUUAUUGUAUUCAGAUUUAAUAAAUAUCUUAUUAAUAUAUAUACAUAUUUUUCAUGUUUCAUAAGUAUAUUAAAAUUGAUAGUAUUCAGUGUUUUAAUGCUACAGUAAAAUUGUACAUGUUAACAUAUAUGCAAGAAUUAGUUCAUUUUAGUCAUCGACUUAACUUCAUUUAGAUGUGUGAAUUAAUCAGUUCAUGAUAAACAAUGCUAAUCACAAACAUGUCCCUAAUGAUAACUGGAAACAUUUUGUAGCUUAUUAGCAUGUCUAUUGGUAUCACUCAUUUAUACUUGCAAUUAUUGUAAACGUUACACUGCAGUAAAAUGUUUGCAAUAAAUUACUGGCAAAAUGGUA